AUAACUUCCGGUGUGUGCCAGAUGUCCCGUAUGCUUCAAAAACGCAGCGAUAGUCUGUUUAUAUUGCUGUUAUUAUACAUCUUCGCAACUUUAUCCAGAUCUACUAUGUCAGAUGAAGAACUUAUUUCAGUGGACUAUGAAAUAUUUGGCAAGGUGCAAGGUGUAUUUUUUCGUAAAUACACACAAGCAGAGGGACGAAAGCUUGGUCUUGUAGGCUGGGUUCAAAAUACAAGUGCUGGAACUGUUAAGGGACAGCUGCAAGGCCCAAAAAGCAAAGUGAAAGAAAUGCAAGAAUGGCUCAGAUCUACUGGGAGCCCCAAGUCACAUAUAACAAAGGCAGAAUUUAAAAAUGAAAAAACUAUUGAAUGCUUGACUUACUCCUCAUUUAACAUUACAAAGUAAUCUAAAAAUCUACAUCAAAUAUGUAUUUCAACUACUUUGACCCUAAGUAGUUUUAUUUAUUAACUUAUGAAUUUUAAUUACUCAUUAUCACUCUAGGAAUUUA